ACGGAAACCAACAGCAGACCAACCUGCCUGAUGAAACACCGACGAGCUCGACAACGUCAUUGGCCCAAAAGACGCCUACCCGAUUUUGGCGGUAACCCCCAACAACCUUCUACAAGCCCUGCGCCGAGCUUCGCAGAGUAAACGGGUGGAUAUAGAGCGACACGGACGGCCGACAAGGAAACUGAGCCAGCCAAAGGAAAACUCUUGGCGAAAUGAGCUCCGUCCACGCUAGUAGUCUUGAAGCUGUAGCAAAAGCUUCUGAAGUGCCUUCUGGGGUGUAUCACGAUGACUAUGUUUUUCCCAAAACGAAGCUAGCACUAGAUCAGCCGGAAACCUCCCCGGGAAAGACCCCGUUGGUUGCUAUAGCUUGUGGCUCGUUUUCGCCUGUAACGAACCUUCAUCUGAGAAUUUUCGAAAUGGCGAAGGACCACUUCGCAGACCACGACCACUACUAUUUAUGCGGCGGCUACAUGUCACCCGUAUCCGACGCCUACAACAAAGCUGGGCUCGUUGGAUGGGAGGAUCGCGUGCAGAUGUGCGAAGCGGCGCUAAAUGACAGCGAUUGGAUCAUGGUCGAUCCGUGGGAAAGUCGGCAAAAGGAAUGGCAACGGACAGCGUGGGUGUUGGAUCACUUCGAUGUCAUGAUAAACGGGAAGGAUAAACGGGGGCAUUUGCUGCCAGAUGGAACCCGACGCAAAGUGCACAUCAUGCUGCUGGCAGGGAGUGAUGUGAUACAAUCGUUUACCGUGCCAAAGCUGUGGCGUGAGGAAGAUCUGCACCAUAUUGUGGGGCACUUUGGAUGCAUCAUCAUCGAGAGACAAGGAGCGGACGUUGGGGAGUUCCUUUUGAAGGACGAUAUUCUCUAUCAGCACAGGGUCGGUUGCACAAUGCCACUUAGGGAAAGAAGCUUGCAUAUUUCUCAAUCAAGUGCGUCUUUGCAGAAAAUGAUCCAUCUCAUCAAGCAAUAUAUUUCAAAUGACAUCUCUUCGACAAAGAUUAGACUGCUCGUGAAACGCAAGCGUUCCAUCAAGUACCUUCUGCCAGAUGCAGUGAUAGAUCAUAUUUUUAAGAACGGGCUAUGGGGUGCAGAACCCAAGAAACGGCGCGCGACAGACACAGAAGUUGACAUGAUCCCGUCAGUCAUGGAUGGCGUGAAGAAGCGGAGGAGAGGAUGAUUACAUUCGGGCGUAGGCAGCAAUUUUUUCAACUCGGUAGAUGCAUAUUUCUCGACAGAAUGCUAGAACGACACAGUAUGGAGAAUGGGGCUACAUAGCUACAUAUUCACAAGAAACGGGCGAACGAGCGCAGGAUUUAGAACGCGUGUCGGCGUGCAAGGACCUCUUCUUCGCC